UGAGCCAGCGUCUCUCGUCAAGUCUGUUGCAAGCAUCCCCUCAUAGCCUCCCUGCAUCCAUCAUCCACUUCCAUCACCUCAUACAACCCGCCACAUUCACCCACCGCGUGACACCUGUUCGCCACACGAUCCUACUCUCACCAUACGGCCAGUUCUCAACCCACCUACCCCCAUGGGCGACUUUCUCAUCCUGGCUUACAUCACGAUUUCCGAAACAGCCCAAAUGGUCGCGGUGCAGGCCGCACUCACCCCGUUGCUCCUCUUCAUGAGCGUCGGCAAGAUCAGCCUCAGCCUCGCGCUGCGCCUCGGCGGCUUUAUAUUCGCCACCGCCCGGAUCGUCUCAGUCUGCAACGAGACGCUCGAAGCAGCCAAAACGGCGCACACCCUCUGCUUCUACUCUCGGAAGCGCAACCUGCUGCUGUACGACAAUCUCCCCGUGCUGCUGUGGGCGUGGGUCGUCGCCCUCCUGCAAGUCCUGCACCUCUGGCUCCUGCGCACGCCCCACUGGUCCCAUCUCCCGCUAUACAUCCUGACGCUGCGCUCGCUCGCACUCGUCUUCGCGACCACGCGCCGCCUCUACCCCCUCCUCCCGCCCGGCUUCCGGCUCGACCACGCCCGGUGGACGUACCUCGGCGAACGCCGUCCGCGGGCCCUCCGCCGCGUCGGCGCAACCCACUUCCUCCUCUGGAUCCAAGUACUGUACUUGCGCGCCCACGGCGUCGAGCCCGAGCAGUGGGUGCGCGCGAACCGCCCCGAGUGCCCGUACGCCAUCAAGACGCGCAUGCGGGCGCUGCGCGCGCUCGAGGAGACGCGGAAGGCGCAGGCGCGCAGCGACGCGUGGGACCGCGAGUGGCAUCGCCGGUGGGACGCAGAGCGGCCGGCGCGCGAGGCCCUGUUCGCGGAUACCGCGUGGCGCGAGCGGCGGCGCGCGCAGGCCGCGGCGGACGCCGCGUUGGUCGGCCCCGAGGCCGCCAAGCGGCGCACGGAGCGCGCGUUCGAGUACCGCCGUAAAUGGGAGGCGGGGACUGAUGCCGUUACGGUCGGCUACAUGUUUUGCUAGGCGGGGGUUGUCAGCAAGCAGCAUUUGUAUUAGGUUGUGUGAGGAAUUUCUAGGAGUGGGGCAUCGUAC